CGCGACGGCACCUCGCCGCCAGGUUUUCCUGUUCAAACGCACGUGUCCGGUCUCGGGCUCUCCAGCGUCGGGAGCGCAGCGUGCCAGUCUGAAGGCGCCAAAGCCCGAGAAGCACCGGGGAACGUCCGGGGAGGCCGCAGGUCAAGGAACGAGCCGCACUGACGGCCAGUUGAGCUUCUCACCUUCCAUCUGAAUUAUCUCGCUUACCUCGCCGACCCGAGCGUUUGCAAUGAGCGCCGCCACCCUGGACCCCUUGGACUCGCUUUCGUGCUAUAGAACCUGGUCUCUGGAGCCCGCCAAUUUCUACGACGCCAAGGCGGGCGAAGGCAGCGGCGGUGUGAGUCCUUCUUGCAAGGCGAGCGCCGUGAGCGUCGCCCAGGCGAGCGAGGAGUCCGGCGGGAUGUGUUUGGCUCCGAGCAGCGGCAGCCGCGACCUGGCGGAGCUGAGUGCCGCCGCGCCGGCCAUGUACGAGGACGAGAGCGCCAUCGACUUCAGCUCCUACAUUGACUCCAUGGCGGCCGUGCCCAACUUGGAGCUGUGCAACGACGAGCUCUUCGCCGACCUCUUCAACAGCAACCACAAGGGCGGCGAGCGCAGCGGGGGCUACGGGGAUUACCUGCCGCCGCCACAGGCGCCGCCGCCGCCGCCGCUUUCAGCGUCCGGAGGAAGCGCCUUGGCCAGCCUGCUGCACGCCAGCGUCCUUCCCGGCCCACUCCGGGGUGCCGUCAAGCAAGAGCCAGAGUGGGGUGAGGAGGCACCGGGCUCGCUGCUGCCCUCCCAGAUUGCUACUUGCGCGCAAACCAUUGUCAAUUUGAGCGGGCAGCCCACGCCGCCCACCUCCCCCGAGCCCCCGGGCAGCGCCUCGCCGUCCAGCUACAGCAGCCGCUCUUCAGCUUCGUCGUCACCGGGGUGCAAAGAGCGGUCGGGCAAAAAGGGUGUGGACAGGUUCAGUCCGGAGUACCGGCAGCGGCGGGAGCGCAACAACAUUGCGGUGCGCAAGAGCCGCGACAAAGCCAAGCGCCGCAACCAAGAGAUGCAGCAGAAACUGGUCGAGCUUUCUGCCGAGAACGACAGGCUGCACAAGAAGAUUGAUCAACUCAGCCGGGACUUAACGAGCCUCCGACACUUCUUCAAGCAGUUGCCCAACGCCUCUUUCCUGCAACCCUCCUCGGUCACGGACUGUCGGUAACGGGCUGCAGACGACGACGCCCCGGCCGCCCACAGGCGAGAGACUUUGAACUUCUUCAUGAAUACCUCAGCGCGAGUCGCACAAACUGCUGCGGGGGGAGGGGGAGGGAGGGCCAGGCUAGAAGACUCGGGCUGCCCCAGGGACUGUGCCAAAGGUACACGGAGGGAGGGGAAAGGCGCUCCUUGCCUCGCCUCUUCCCUCAAGCAAGAAACCUAGCCUGGAAGGCCGGACUGAACUACGCCGGAGUGGGGGGAUAACAACCUAUGUGCGUGCGUGUGUGUGUUUUGGCUUUUUUUUUUUUUUUUUUUGAAUGGGCUAAGCUUUGGUCUUUUUAACCACAAAACUUGCCAAAAAGUUGUUUUUUAAAGCGAAAGAGAGCUAAACGUCUUUCCUCCUAAAUUAUUUUUAUAAUGAUCAUCCUCCCUUUCCCUUCUCCCAGUUGAUGCAGCUAUGGUACUUUGUAAGAAACAAUGAUUUUUUCAGACUUUUCAAACACUUUUUAUUAUAAAUAGUAUGAGGAAAAGGUAGACUGAGCAUGCUCAAACUUUUAUAUAAAAUUUUUACAGCAUUUCUAAAAAUAAAAAUCCAUUGAAAUGUA